AUGGCUGACAUUAUUGACACGCGAAGGCUAUGGAGAAUGAUGCAACUCGACGUGAACAACAUCAACGUGCAAGAUCUGAUGGUCAGGUAUAUCGGCCAAUCAAUCCAAAGAACGACAACCAUGAAAGACAUGCUGGAAAUCAGGAACUAUGAUCGAUUAGGGCAAGAGGCCCGCCACCUUGAAACCUCAGCCUCCGCAUUGGGACUCGUGGAAAUCGGUCCCAUUUGCGAAUACAUAAUCACUCAGUGCGAGCUUAGCCCCACGAUCCAUCGGCACAGGGAUAUCGAAGACAGAAUUCGCUUGCUCGAGGGAGCGAAUAGACGAGCUCAGACCUGGGUGCUCACUUACUUGAGUCAUCGCUGA